UGAUGAGCUGAUCCCGUCUGACACUAAUCCCUGCCCUUUCCCUGUCAGUCAUGCACCCCCUCCUCCUUUCACUGCGUGUGUGCGUGGAGGGGGCGGAGCCUGUGACAGCAGAAGGUUUAUUGUCUAAACAGGGAGGAUCGAGCGAGCUCCAUAAAGACUGCAGCUGUGGGAGACAAAGAGAGGGAGGAGUGGGGGAGGACGGGGGGAGGAUUAACCGGCUGAUGUGAGACGCGCGCGCUCACACAACACACACACACACAGAUAUCACACACACCGACAAAACACGACUUCAGCCAGAUCAGGCGCAGCGGCGAGGGGAGACACAAAGACGGACGCUGAGGAAGACUGGGGAAGACGGGGCCUUCAUCGUCUGGGUGAGACCGGAGCCUCGCGGCUCAGAACGGAUCCGCUGGCCUGCAGAGCCCAGCCCCACGUCCUGCUGAUGGCUGACCACAUGUUCUUGCUGCUGUGAGCGUGUGCGGCGCUGCGGUGGGUGUGUUCGCUUCAUUUGGGUGAUGGGGAACGCAGAGAGCAUGGAGAGCCAGCUGGCUGUAAUCCGGUCCAGAGCGGCGCCGGUUCGGCUCCCGAUGCCGGACCCAGCAGAGCUGGAGGAGAGAUUCUCCAUCGCACUGAACUCAAUGAACCUGCCGCCUGAUAAGGUGCGUCUGCUGCGCUCGUAUGACAAUGAGAAGAAGUGGGAGCUGAUUUGUGAUCAGGAGAGGUUUCAAGUGAAGAACCCUCCACACACCUACAUCCAGAAACUACGAGGCUUCCUCGACCCGGCCGUCACCCGCAAGAAGUUCAGACGACGAGUGCAGGAGUCCACCCAGACGCUUCGAGAGCUGGAGAUCUCCCUUCGCACCAAUCACAUUGGAUGGGUCAGAGAGUUUCUCAAUGAGGAGAACCGAGGCCUGGAUGUUCUGGUGGAGUAUUUAUCGUUUGCUCAAUAUGCUGUCACGUUUGACGGGGAACAGAUAGAGGGCGGCGGUGAAGUGGCGUCCAUCGACUCUCCUUGGAGUCGUUCUAUUGAGGAUCUCCAUGGCGAGUGCAGUCUUCCCUCGCCAUCCUCAUCCAUAUCUCGUGCAGCACGACAUUCGAUCAGCUCUACGUUGGUGACCCGCUCCAACACCCUGCCAAGCCGUCGAACUCUAAAGAACUCUCGACUUGUGUGCAAAAAGGAUGACGUCCAUGUCUGCAUCAUGUGCCUGAGAGCCAUCAUGAAUUACCAGUACGGGUUCAACAUGGUGAUGGCUCAUCCCCACGCCGUCAACGAAAUUGCUCUCAGCCUCAACAACAGGAACCCCAGAACCAAAGCUUUGGUUCUGGAGCUGCUGGCAGCAGUAUGUCUGGUCAGGGGAGGACAUGAGAUCAUCCUGUCAGCCUUUGAUAACUUUAAAACAGUUUGUUCAGAGUCGAUGCGGUUUGAGAAGCUGAUGGAAGAUUUCAAGAAUGAAGACGACAACAUUGACUUCUUGGUUGCUUGCAUGCAGUUCAUCAACAUUGUGGUUCACUCAGUGGAAGACAUGAACUUCAGAGUCCAUCUACAAUAUGACUUCACCAAACUUAACCUGGAUGAACACCUGGAGAGACUAAAGCACACCGAGAGUGACAGGCUGAAGGUUCAGAUUCAGGCAUACCUGGACAACGUGUUUGACGUAGGGACACUGCUGGAGGAUGCUGAAACCAAAACCGCCGCUCUGGAGAGAGUUGAGGAGCUGGAGGAGAGCCUGGCUGGGAUGUCAGAGCGCCUGCUGGACGUGGAGAACGAAGCCAUGCUGAAGAUUGUUGAACUGGAAAAACAAUUGAUGCAGACCAACAAGGAGCUGGACCAACUCCGGGAGGUGUACGCAAAUGCAAACUCCCAGGUGCACACUCUGAGGCGAAUAGUGCGGGAGAAAGACCAGACAAUCCGACGGCACAGCCGCCUGGAACGGCAGGCGCAGGAGGCCCAGCAGGCUGGAGGACCAGGGGCUCCUCAACCCCCGAGAGGAGAAGGAGAUGGAGGAGUGUCCGACUCUGCCUCCCCCUCCCCUCCCCCCUGUUCCAACCUCUCCCCCAGCCUCCUCCCCCCGUGGCGCCCCCUCUCCCGGGCACUGGGGGGUCACCUACAGUCAUCUUUAACUCCGGACUAGCAGAGGGCCCCCUCAAGUUAUUUUCGGUAAAGAUCAAGAAACCCAUUCAGACCAAGUUCAGGAUGCCAGUGUUGAAUUGGGUCGCACUGAAGCCGAGUCAGAUCAACGGAACCGUCUUCAAUGACAUUGACGACGAGUCCAUUUUGCAGAACCUGGACAUGGAGGAGUUUGAGGAGCUGUUUAAGACCAAGGCUCAAGGUCCAGCGGUGGAUCUCACUCUGUCCAGGCAGAAACUUCCUCAGAAAGGCCCUUCCAAAGUCUCUCUGUUGGAGGCCAACAGAGCGAAAAACCUCGCAAUCACCUUGAGGAAGGCUGGACAGGGGUCAGAGGUCAUAUGCCGUGCAAUCCAAAUGUUUGAUCUUCGGACGGUUCGAGUAGAUUUCGUGGAGUGUCUGAUGCGUUUCCUGCCAACGGAGGCGGAAGUAAAGCUGCUACGGCAAUACGAGAGGGACAGGAAACCCCUGGAGGCUCUGAGCGACGAAGAUCGAUUCAUGAUGCAAUUUAGUCGAAUUGAAAGACUCAGUCAGCGCAUGACCAUCAUGACCUUCAUGGGAAACUUUGCUGACAACGUCCAGAUGUUAACUCCACAACUUCAUGCUAUCAUUGCUGCUUCAGUGUCCAUAAAGUCAUCCCAAAAACUCAAGAAGAUCCUGGAGAUUAUCCUGGCUCUGGGAAACUACAUGAACAGCAGCAAGAGAGGUGCCGUGUACGGCUUCAAACUACAGAGUUUAGACUUGCUGCUGGAGACAAAGUCGACAGACAGGAAGCAAACGCUGCUUCAUUACAUUUCCAAUGUGGUCAGAGAAAAGUAUCAGACUGUUUCUCUCUUUUAUAAUGAACUCCAUUAUGUGGACAAGGCUGCUGCAGUGAGUCUGGAGAAUGUCCUGUGUGACGUAAAGGAGCUGCAGCGAGGCAUGGAGCUCACCUGGAGAGAGUUCAGUGUGUCGCACAACGCCACGCUCAAAGAUUUCAUCAGCAGGAAUGAAUCUCGCCUCACCAAGCUGCAGGAAGACGCACGCAUUGCUCAGGAUGCCUUCGAGGAUGCCGUCAAGUUUUUUGGAGAGAGCUCAAAGACCAUGCCCCCCUCUGUCUUCUUUCCCAUUUUCGUCCGCUUCAUCAAAGCUUACCGGUUGGCAGAUGAGGAGAAUGAGCAGAGGAGGCGCCAGGAGCAAAUGUUAUUAGAGAAACUGGAGCAGGAGGAGCAACAAGAAGAGGAGGAAAGCAAGUCUCCGAGCCACAAAGGGAAGCGGCAGCAGCAAGAGCUGAUCACCGAGCUUCGACGCCGACAAGGAAAAGACAGCCGCCACGUUUACGAAGGGAAGGACGGCGCCAUUGAAGAUAUCAUCACAGCUCUGAAGACCGUCCCCUUCACGGCUCGAUCAGCCAAACGAAGCUCUCGCUUCUUCUGUGACCCCACCCUCCCAGACGAGCACUACUGAAGACUCCACGGCUGUCCACACCCCUUUUAUUUAUUGGGACCAAAUAGCACUUUGAACAUUUUUGACUGACCAAUGUGAACCAUGUUUGUCAUUUUUUAUGAUCAUUUUGAUUCAUGUGUGUGAUGUUUGAAGGCCAACGACAGUCAGAGAAUCUGGACUAAGAAUCCCUUUUUAUAGCAGAACGUCUUUUUAGAACACAAUGGGCUUUUAGCUACAAAUUUCUUACAAUUUUAGAGAGAAUUCUGAAUUAAAACAAGAAAUUCUUGCAUAGCUGGAAAACUGUCACAUGGUUCUGGUCAAAGGCGUCAAAGUCUUCAGCGUUAUCACAGAACAAAUACUGAUGGUGCUUUGCCUUUGAGAAUUGAGCAGUGAAACAGGUGGUGCUGCUGAGCAUCCAUGACACAUGUUGGCUCCAGAAAGGUCCACCAGAAAGGUUCUGUUUGACCUUGGCUGAAGGGUGUUCAGGGUGCUGCUUCUUUAAUUGCCUGCAGUUCUGUUUUCUGGGUUUUCAGAUCCAGAAUCUAGAACAAGGGUGUCAGACUCCAGCCCUCGAGGGCCGGUGUCGGACUCCUGGCCUUGAGGGCCGGUGUCGGACUCCUGGCCUCGAGGGCCUGUGUCGGACUCCUGGCCUCGAGGGCCGGUGUCGGACUCCUGGCCUCGAGGGCCGGUGUCGGACUCCUGGCCUCGAGGGCCGGUGUCGGACUCCAGGCCUCGAGGGCCGGUGUCCUAUAUGUUUUCAAACCAACCUGCUGUUGAUGCUCCUUAUUUUCCAAACACACCUGACCAAGGUAAUCAGCAGCAGAUGAGGCAGGAUUUCUGGAAAAUCAGCUUGACGCCGGCCCUUGAGGCCUGAAGUCUAACAGCCCGGAUCUAGAACCAAACAGUUGCUAAACCAUGAAAGUAUUAGAAACAAACUGAAAGAGUUCAGCCAAACUCUUCAUCUGUAACUCCGCCCACCAUUCCUAAAGCCACACCCUAUCCAAGUUCGCGAGGACCUUGCAGGUCAGCUGACAUCAGAUUACUCUCGCAUGAAAAGAUGUCUCCUCAAAAAGACCCCGACAGGUGAGACUCAUUCAGAGGCCAGAAAUACCAACCCAAAGCAGAAUCUCUGUUUGGUGUUGAUAUUAAAGGUCCAAUUUACCGGUCCCCAUCAGAUAAUGUUUCUGGAUGUACCUGCCUUCAUACAGAUUCUGCCCCGCCCUCAUC